AGAGCGUUGGAUUCAACUCACUGAUAGCCAAAACUUGAUUUGUUUUCUGUGUAAUUAUUUAGUGAUCCCUGCAAAUUUGAUACAUAAAACGGAGAAUCUGAUAGCUGAGAGAGAGAAAACGCGUAAGGAGUGUGACUGAAAAUCAGAUGGGAAGCAGCAACAGAAGCGGAGAACAAAGAAAGCAAAUGGCAGAACUAAGCAAAAGCCUUAAAGAAGGUGAGAGGAUUCUGGAGCCUACUCGUAGACCUGAUGGUACUCUCCGGAAACCCAUCCGAAUUCGAGCUGGAUAUGUUCCUCAAGAUGAAGUUCUCGUUUAUCAGUCCAAAGGUUCUUUGAUGAAGAAGGAGCUGGCCUCACUAGGACCUCCAGGUUAUGAACCGGAUCCAACUCCUAAACCAAAGACUAAAGCUGCUAAAAAGAACGAACGUAAGAAAGAGAAGAGAUUACAGGCUGCUGCGCAAAAAGGUACCAGCUCUGAGGAUGGAUCAGCUAGUAAUGUAGACAAAGAAGAAGCUGUUUCCACUGUGACCCCAAGCAAUGGAUCCCAACCUGUGAAUCUAUUGGUUUCUACUCUGAAGGCUUUAGAUGUUUCUUCAAAUAAUGAUGUAGCUUCUUCGGACCUUGGAGAAACACCCAAUCCAGGAACUGCAAGAGAAGACACUGAGAAAAGAAUACGUGCACUUAAGAAGAAAAUCCGACUCACAGAAGCUCAACAGCAGAAGACUGAUCCCAAAGACCUUAAGCCGGAGCAAUUGGAGAAGUUCUCUAAGUUGGAGGAAUGGAAGCAAGAACUCAAGGCUUUGGAGGAUAAGGAAGCUUAGCUUUCUGCAGCAUCGACAUGAAUUGUCUAGCUUUCAGACAGGUUGUACCUUUUCUCAAGAAAUUGCUGGAAUCAAUCCAAACUUGUAUGAAUGAACAGGAGGUUAUUCUUAGAGCUUUUGUCAGAAAUCUUGUUAGACUGUCUUGGCACAUUGCCUAAAUUCUGAAAACUGAUGCCACUC